UUUGACAGCGAACGGCGAAAAAAAAAAAUUAAUGUAGAAAGAAAACAAAAAACGUGGAAUUUAUAAAAUAUUAAAAAAAAAGUACAAGUUUUUGUUGAAAAAUUAUUAUUUAAUAUUAAAAAAUAAUUUAAGCAUUUUAGUAAAAAAAAAUACAAAGAUGUUCAAAUCUGUACUUAUAUUAUCGUGCCUUAUGGCCACCGUUUAUUGUGCUGCCGAAGAUUUUAAAGUAGAAGUAGUUAGUGUACCAGAAAUAUGUGAACAAAAAUCAAAAAAUGGUGACAUGUUAACAAUGCAUUAUACUGGUACAUUAACAGAUGGAAAAAAAUUUGAUUCAAGUUUUGAUCGUGACCAACCAUUUACUUUUCAAUUAGGAGCCGGUCAAGUUAUUAAAGGAUGGGAUCAAGGACUUAAGGAUAUGUGCGUUGGUGAAAAACGUAAAUUAGUUAUACCACCAGAAUUAGGUUAUGGUGAACGUGGUGCUGGUAAUGUAAUCCCCGGUGGAGCAACAUUAUUAUUUGAUGUUGAAUUAAUAAAUAUUGGUGACUCAUCACCUACAACAAAUGUAUUUAAAGAAAUUGAUGAUAAUAAAGACAAUCAAUUGAGUCGCGAAGAGGUAAACGCCUAUGUUAGUGAAUAUUUAAAGAAACAAAUGUCUGCUGUCGAAGAUUCAGAAGAAUUAAAAGGAAUGUUAGCUGAACAUGAUAAACUUGUUGAAGAAAUUUUCCAACAUGAAGAUAAAGAUAAAAAUGGUUUUAUAUCACAUGAUGAAUUCUCUGGGCCAAAACAUGAUGAACUGUAGAAAAAUAAGAAGAAAAAAAAAUUAAUUAGAUUUCUAAAAAUUUUUGUUUUAAUUUUUAAAUUUUUUUUUAAUUUUUAUUUAAUUUAAAUAAAAAAACUUUUAAUUUUUUUGUUCUCUCUUUGCAAUAUAAAUAAAUUUUUUUAUUUAAUUUAGAAUACUUUUGAUUUGUAUAAAAAAUUAAGAUUUCUUAUUUAAAUUCGAAUAAGAAAAAUAAUUAAAAAUUAAUUUUUCAUUUUUUGCUAAAUAACGAAAAUUUAAAAUAAAAUAAAUUAAAUAACAUUCAAUUUAAAAAAAAAUAAAACAAGAUUUAAUUACACAUAAAAUAGAGUAGUUUAAAGAAAAAAGAGAAAACCCAUGUUUUGUUAGGAGAAUAUAAAAUGUAUAUUAACUUUAUUGAAAAUAAAAAAUAAAAAAAUAUAAUUAUAUAGAAAUUAAUUAAAAUAAUUUAAUUAAAAAAAAAAAUAAUGAUAAAUUAAUGUAACGUAUAACAAAUUUUUACAUGAGCAUAACGAAACCAUAUUUGU